AUGACGUCGGAGCCUGUCGACCACGGGGUGUCUCGGGCGUGCGGCCGGGACGAGCGCCCAAGGAAGGGGGAACGGGACGAGGUCCGGCGUGGCCGAAAGCAUGUGUUGACGGAUGGCUUCGUCAAAGUCAUCUCUUCUGCCGCCUGGAGGCAGUGGACGUGUCCAUCCCGGCGGGGGAUUCACGAGGCGGCGGGGGCGGGUGGCCAAACCGGUCACGACCUAAUAGUCUCGGCCGGCUCGGUCCAUGCCGAGGUCGUUGAACCCGUCACGUCUGAACCCCGACCUGGAGUAGCCGUCGGCAUUGUAGCCGUCGUGCCCGAACCCAACAGCUGGGUUUCCUUGGGCGCUCGUCCCGGCCGCACGCCCGAGACACCCCGUGGUCGACAGGCUUCGACGUCAUCAGUCCCCGAUGGACGUGCUCCAAUAUCCUCAAGUCUCCGAGGGCCCUUCGACACCAGGGGCCACUGGGAGCAGCUCGGCUGGGCAUCGAGCAAAGACGAGCCCCUUCGCAUGGAAAAAUCGGCGAGGCCGACUGUCGGCCCCAUGCGUGUGUCGACGGAUGGCUUCGUCAAAGUCAUCUCUUCUGCCGCCUGGAGGCAGUGGAUGUGUCCAUCCCGGCGGGGGAUCACGAGGCGGCGGGGGCGGUUGGCCAAACCGGUCACCACCAUAAUAAGUCUCGACCGGCUCGGUCCAUGCCGAGGUCGUUGA